AUGCCUCAAUCCUCCCAUACCGAUGAUUUCUUUCAAACCACGGCCGCCCUCGACGAGCAGAAGCGAAGGGACGCCAAGUCUCGGAAUACAAAUGGAUCCCCUAUCAAGCUACAGAGUAAAAUCCUGGCCGUCCAGUCUGAUCCCGUGAAUUCCGACGCCGUGUUCGUGGCCCAGAGUGGUGGCACCGUGAGGAAGGUUAUACUUGAAACAGGUGAAACGGCCGCCAUUUACAAAGGACCCUCGGCUCCCAUCACGAGUCUCUGCUUCAGCCCCGACGGUCGGACUUUGUUUGCCGGCUGCUGGGAUAAAUUGAUUUGGAGCUGGGAUGUGACUUCGAGGGAGCCUAAGCUAAAAUAUGAGGGCCAUACCGAUUUCGUAAAAUCCGUCACCAGCGCCCGACUCAAUGGCCGAGACGUUCUCAUUUCCGGAGGGGCCGAUGCUCAAAUGCUGGUUUUCGAUAUCGCCACAGGGAAGCGUAUUUCGGUGCUGAAAGGCCACGUCAAGGGAAUCCAGGACCUCCAGGUGGACACCGUCUCGCUGGAGUCGGAUUCCCAGGAACUGAUCGUGUUCAGCGCCGGCAGUGACCGCGAAAUCCGACAAUUCGAUAUCUCUAACGGAAGUAAAGAUCUCACCGGCACCGAUGCUCUGCUGGCUCACGAUACCAACGUCUACAAACUCUUCUUUGACCACGAUGGCGAUCUAUGGACUGCGUCGGCGGAUAAGACCACCAAAUGCCUCGUGAGAGAAGAUGGAUGGAAGCCCAAUCUCACACUCACUCACCCCGAUUUUGUGCGAGAUGUGGUUGUUUACGAACAGGGCGGAUGGAUCGUCACCGCUUGCAGGGAUGAGGAGGUCCGAGUGUGGAACCGAUCGACUGGAAAACUUCAUCACACAUUUUCGGGUCAUUUCGAGGAAGUCACUGGACUUGCGCUCGUGGGGUCGACGGUGGUCAGCGUCAGUAUCGAUGCCACCAUUCGACAGUGGUCCUUGAACCCCCAGGAUAUCCAGGCUGCGGUGGAAAGGGCUAAGAAGACCACGCCCGAAGAAGAUGAACAACCACAGAAUUCGGGGUCAAUGCUGACGGAGGAAGAAGAGCGAGAAUUGGCCGAGCUGAUGGAAGAAGAGUGA